AUGUCCGGGCUGAUUACCGUGAAAGAUUUUGAGGAUCGUGCUGCAUCCAUCAUUCCGAAAGAAGCAUUUGACUACUACCAGAGCGGUGCGGACGAAGAGCAAACACGCCAAUUGAAUCGCUCCAGCUAUGGCCGGUUACGCAUUCGACCGCGAAUGUUGCGGAACGUAGCCAAUCGUGAUAUGAAGGUGAAGGUGUUGGGCGAAGAAUUUUCCAUGCCCAUCGGUAUUGCACCGACCGCGUUUCAGAAGAUGGCUCACCCCGAGGGGGAGGUAGCUAAUGCACAAGCUGCGGCUAACAGGAAGGUGUUGUUCACAUUGAGCACGCUGUCGAAUAGUUCUGUCGAAGAAGUAGCGGAUGGUGCUCCCAAGUCACCCAAGUGGUUCCAGUUGUAUAUCUACAAGGAGCGUAAGUUGACCGAGAAACUCGUUCAGCGGGUUAAAAAAGCAGGAUUUAAGGCCCUAGUAGUGACUGUUGAUAGCCCGUUAUUUGGAAAACGACGAGCAGAUAUUAGGAAUCGGUUUACCCUUCCACCCGGAUUAACGGCGGCAAAUUUUGAAGGAGUACAGGCCACAUUACAAGGACAGAGUGGAUCCGGACUUAAUGAGUACGGUGAACAACAGUUGGAUCCAUCUUUGGUGUGGGAUGAUAUAAAGUGGUUGAUUAAGUUUUCCAAAUUGCCGGUGCUUGUCAAAGGUGUUCUUACGAAGGAAGAUGCCGAAAUAGCCGUCAGCAAGGGAGUAAGCGGUAUCUGGGUGUCCAACCAUGGUGGUCGACAGCUGGAUUCGGCUCCAGCUACGAUUGAAGCUCUGCCUGAAAUCGUUGCUGCCGUGGGAGAUCGGACAACCAUAAUUGUAGAUGGAGGCGUCAGAAAUGGUAAAGACGUAUUUAAAGCACUAGCUCUAGGAGCCCACAUGGUAAUGAUAGGACGACCAGCGCUCUGGGGGCUUGCUGUUGAUGGUCAGAAAGGUGUAGAGCAGGUAUUGGAUAUCCUUAGAGAGGAGCUAGAUACUACAAUGGCCUUGGCGGGAUGUCAAAAAGUCUCAGAUAUUACACGUUUGCACGUCUUGCAUGAAGAAUAUUAUACAAAUUUUAGCGUAAGGCAAACGGAAACAUUGAUGGAGCUACAAAGCAAAGAGCGCAAAGGAUGGUUGAAAGGUAUAUUUUGA